AUGCGCCGAUUGUAAUGUCGCGCCAAUGGAUAGACGCACUUCUCUGUGUUAAAAUUUGCUCCGUGGGUUAUUGCAGCAGGCUGCGUCUUUGAAACUCUUGAUAUUAUAGGAAUUCAGUAUUUAUUCAGGCCAUUGGUCUGAUUCUAUCAGUAAAGUUACUCUCAUCAAAUAAAAUAAACGCAUGAAGAGGAACAACUUUACGCACAGCACACCUGCUACCACAAUGAAGAUAAUUCUACUCAUUAUGGUAUUUUCCCUCGUUUUGGCAACUGUCCUCAGCCAAAAAUUAUAUUUUGAUGGUGGUUGGAGAGAAGACAAUGAAACGAGGAAAUGGCAACUAUCUGAGCAAUAUAAAGAAAUCCUGAAAAGAAUGACUCGAAAACCUGAGUCACGCCAAUUCUUUGGUCUUAUGGGGAAAAGAGGCUCUGCAAAAUCCCAGGUAACAAGACCAGGGCAAAAAUUUGAGUCUUUUGUUGGACUGGUGGGUAAAAGAGCUCAGAGGAACAAGGUUCCUUCUAAUGGAUCUCCAAAGCAGCUACAUACAACUUUGCAGCAAAAGAAUUAAGUGUGAACCAGGAUGCACUGAACAUGUGUUUGCGUGAUUGUUUCAGUCGAGCGUGACGUCCAAUGUUUUGAAAACAUUUUGCGUCAGCAAAUUAACAGUACUUGCAAAAAUUGCUUUAGAAAAUUAAGGAAUAUGCAUAUUACUGUGUGAAAUGUCAAAUCAAUUCAGGCAAAUAACCUGUUAGUGCUCUGAAAACAUUCAUAUUGUGCAUGUAAUGUGGCAGAAUACUUACGUCAAAAGUAAAACCACUAAACUGAGAAAAGCUGAAAAGGAGACCCAUGUUGCCCUCUGGUGGAUAUAUGGUGUAGACAAUGCAGAUUAAUACUAAACUACAGAGCAAAAUAACACAUUUCAACUGUUUAAAUUUCAGUAGGCCUACAUAAUAGGUAUUCUGAAUGUAGUAAUGCAGUAUCAACAUGCAUCUCUUAGCAGCAUUCAUUGCAAGUCUAUCACAUGUUUAUUAAGUGACUUUGUACAAUACAAAUAAAAAAUACAGAUGGAGUA